AUGGCGGUCAGGCAGGCGGCACUAAUGCCUAGACAGAUUUACAGUAUACAUAAAUCAGCCAAGAGAGGCGGUGGAACAAGAGAGGCGGUGGGAACAAGAGAGGCGGUGGGAACAAGAGAGGCGGUGGAACAAAAGAGGCGGUGGAACAAGAGAGGCGGGGAACAAGAGAGGCGGUGGAACAAGAGAGGCGGUGGAACAAGAGAGGCGGUGGAACAAGAGAGGCGGUGGGAACAAGAGAGGCGGUGGAACAAGAGAGGCGGUGGAACAAGAGAGGCGGGGAACAAUAGAGGCGGUGGGAACAAGAGAGGCGGUGGAACAAGAGAGGCGGUGGAAACAAGAGAGGCGGUGGAACAAGAGAGGCGGUGGAACAAGAGAGGCGGUGGGAACAAGAGAGGCGGUGGAACAAGAGAGGCGGUGGAACAAGAGAGGCGGUGGAACAAGAGAGGCGGUGGAACAAGAGAGGCGGGGAACAAGAGAGGCGGUGGGAACAAGAGAGGCGGUGGAACAAGAGAGGCGGUGGGAACAAGAGAGGCGGUGGGAACAAGAGAGGCGGUGGAACAAGAGAGGCGGUGGAACAAGAGAGGCGGUGGAACAAGAGAGGCGGUGGGAACAAGAGAGGCGGUGGAACAAGAGAGGCGGUGGAACAAGAGAGGCGGGGAACAAGAGAGGCGGUGGAACAAGAGAGGCGGUGGAACAAGAGAGGCGGUGGGAACAAGAGAGGCGGCGGAACAAGAGAGGCAGUGGAACAAGAGAGGCGGUGGAACAAGAGAGGCAGUGGAACAAGAGAGGCGGUGGGAACAAGAGAGGCGGUGGGAACAAGAGAGGCGGUGGGAACAAGAGAGGCGGUGGAACAAGAGAGGCAGUGGAACUAGAGAGGCGGUGGAACAAGAGAGGCGGUGGGAACAAGAGAGGCGAUGGAACAAGAGAGGCGGUGGAACAAGAGAGGCAGUGGAACAAGAGAAGAGGUGGGAACAAGAGAGGCGGUGGAACAAGAGAGGCGGUGGAACAAGAGAGGCAGUGGAACAAGAGAGGCGGUGGAACAAGAGAGGCAGUGGAACAAGAGAGGCGGUGGGAACAAGAGAGGCGGUGGAACAAGAGAGGCGGUGGAACAAGAGAGGCGGUGGGAACAAGAGAGGCGGUGGAACAAGAGAGGCAGUGGAACAAGAGAGGCGGUGGAACAAGAGAGGCGGUGGAACAAGAGAGGCGGGGGAACAAGAGAGGCGGUGGAACAAGAGAGGCGGUGGGAACAAGAGAGGCGGUGGAACAAGAGAGGCGGUGGAACAAGAGAGGCGGUGGAACAAGAGAGGCGGGGGAACAAGAGAGGCGGUGGAACAAGAGAGGCGGUGGAACAAGAGAGGCGGUGGAACAAGAGAGGCGGGGAACAAGAGAGGCGGUGGGAACAAGAGAGGCGGUGGAACAAGAGAGGCGGUGGGAACAAGAGAGGCGGUGGAACAAGAGAGGCGGUGGAACAAGAGAGGCGGUGGAACAAGAGAGGCGGUGGAACAAGAGAGGCGGUGGGAACAAGAGAGGCGGUGGAACAAGAGAGGCGGUGGAACAAGAGAGGCGGGGAACAAGAGAGGCGGUGGAACAAGAGAGGCGGUGGAACAAGAGAGGCGGUGGGAACAAGAGAGGCGGUGGAACAAGAGAGGCAGUGGAACAAGAGAGGCGGUGGAACAAGAGAGGCAGUGGAACAAGAGAGGCGGUGGGAACAAGAGAGGCGGUGGGAACAAGAGAGGCGGUGGGAACAAGAGAGGCGGUGGAACAAGAGAGGCAGUGGAACUAGAGAGGCGGUGGAACAAGAGAGGCGGUGGGAACAAGAGAGGCGAUGGAACAAGAGAGGCGGUGGAACAAGAGAGGCAGUGGAACAAGAGAAGAGGUGGGAACAAGAGAGGCGGUGGAACAAGAGAGGCGGUGGAACAAGAGAGGCAGUGGAACAAGAGAGGCGGUGGAACAAGAGAGGCAGUGGAACAAGAGAGGCGGUGGGAACAAGAGAGGCGGUGGAACAAGAGAGGCGGUGGAACAAGAGAGGCGGUGGGAACAAGAGAGGCGGUGGAACAAGAGAGGCAGUGGAACAAGAGAGGCGGUGGAACAAGAGAGGCGGUGGAACAAGAGAGGCGGGGGAACAAGAGAGGCGGUGGAACAAGAGAGGCGGUGGGAACAAGAGAGGCGGUGGAACAAGAGAGGCGGUGGAACAAGAGAGGCGGUGGAACAAGAGAGGCGGGGGAACAAGAGAGGCGGUGGAACAAGAGAGGCGGGGAACAAGAGAGGCGGUGGAACAAGAGAGGCGGUGGGAACAAGAGAGGCGGUGGAACAAGAGAGGCGGGGAACAAGAGAGGCGGUGGAACAAGAGAGGCGGGGAACAAGAGAGGCGGGGAACAAGAGAGGCCGCCGACGGGGACCAUUGGGGUGUAUGAUAAUAGACUGCGUCCUCUGCCUCAUCAAUGA